AGCCGCAAUCGGCUCUUGAGAGGUACAACACCUGCGCGGGUGUGUUAAGAGAGUGCGACUCUUGAUCAAAGGAAUCAUUUUUUUGUUGUUGCGGUGGUGGUAGUUCCUUUUUCUUUUUCUUUCCUCCUGACAAACCAGCGUGUGUGUGUGUGUGUGUUGUUGUUUCGCAUCUCGCAUUAGUUGGGCAACUUCACAGGACUGUCCUGCUCUCUGUCGUUUAAUUUCUCCUCUCUUACAUUCAUAUACAAUGAUACACUUUUGACUUGAUUUUUAAAAGCAUACAUAUCCUGCGACUACUCGUACAAGACGCCGAAGCUCUUCUGUUGUGUGUCUUCUCACAUUGCUGUUUCCGCGCUCCAUUAAUAUUUUUUCAAGGCGACUUCUGCUGUUAUUUUUGAAAUAGUAUUUCCUGUUCUUGUUGUUGCGUCGCUCAUCUCCUCUGUACCUCCGCAUCUUCCUGCGUGACGAACGGCGCAGAUGUCCAUCGAUGCGCGUUUGUGUGACCGCUACGUCGUCUUCCUCGACAUCGACGGAGUCCUCCUCCCCGUUCCGAAGUUCACCUUCGGCGGCGGCGAACUCAGCGCAGACUGCGUGCAGCGUCUCGCUCGCCUGAUCGACCGCCUCGGCGGCAGAGACCGGGUGACCAUCGUCCUCUCCUCGACCUGGCGGACGCAGCCGGCGAUGAUGGAGCGACUCAACGCGUUUAUGCAGGCGGCGGCGGCGGGUAGCAUUCCCACCGUGCGGGGCGGGACGCCGAAUGGGACGGUGUUGGUGAGCACCGUUGCGUACUACGCCGACAACCCGUCGGAACAGCGGCUGGUGCGUGACCGCGUGGACGAGAUCUGCCGCUGGCUGCACACGCACGUGACGGACCACCCCGAGGCGAUUGGCGGCCGCUGGUUCGCCAUAGACGACAUGAAGCUGGACGUGGAUAAUCGCAUGCAGGGUCAUUUCUUGUACACGGCAACGGACGUGGGCAUCACCGAUGCCGACGUGGAGACGGCGUAUGCGAUGCUGCAGUCGCACCCGAGCCCGGAGGCGGCCCAUGCAGCCGCGGUGGCUGCGCUGACAGACCCCGCGUUGGCCCAAGAGGAGCUUGACAUCUACAAGGUGCUGCAGGAGCGGCUGGAGGCAACAGUGGCGACCACCACCGCCGAAUUGGCCGAAGCGCAGGCGAAAGUGGCGGAGCUGGCUGCGGAAAAAAAGGAGUUGAUUCGCGAAGGACAGGAGAGGCAGCGGUCGCUGGAUGACAUGCGCUAUCGUCUGGCCGUGUACGACGGUGCAAAGCGGUAUCCCGCCUUAGCCGCGGCGUUGGAGCUGGCAGGCGCGAAGACGGGUGCUGAGCGGCGCGCGAUCGAUGCGCAGAUUAAAUCGUUUGUGAUGCUGCUGAUGGAGCGCAAGGAGCUGCAGAAGAAGCUGCGCAGCGGAUCGAAGAAGACGAAGCAGGUGGUGGAGUGA